CGUGCGUGUGUGCGUGUGUGUGUGUGUGUGUGUGGUAUCUGCUGUCACCCUGAUGCAGUCCUGUUGGGAGGAAGUCGCCAGGUGACGCUGCAGUCGAAGGUCAGAACCGGAGCGUGCGCCUCACGGAUCUGAUCUCAGAUCUGGAGCGCUGUCCUCUGCUCUGACUGUGGCUCGUUAAGGCGUCGUCCUGUGUAAUUGUGUAAUUGCGGUGGCUGCUUAGAGCUAAUGGAUGCGUUCGACCCGUUGGUGCCCGUGCUGCGUUGCAGAUGACUGGUUCCGCCUUCGUGCCCGUCGUCAGCACUCUGCCCUGCUGCAUUAAGGCGCUAACGGCGGCUGCGCCCCUAUUGCUCGCACACACGUCUGCCUGGAAGCACAGGAGCAUCAAACGUCCCUCUGCACAGCCGUUACGCAGAAAUAUUGAGGCUUUUGACCAGCACUUAAGGCUAUUUAGUGCAGCGUUCCUCAGGAAGCUGGGAAGCUGCCCAAACACUGUUCCCACAAUGCACAAAGUGGCCUUAAUCGAACAUUGUCCUCACUCAGCGGCUCCAGCAACACUUGUUUCUGCUGAGCCUGGAGGAAUAAAAGUUGCCUCAUGGUUUUAUUCUUAAAUAAGCGGCCACAGGAUCCCCCACUUAACCACAGACAAACAGGGUUAGUCAGCGUUCCUGCUCCGUGGCACAUUGGCAGGUGCAGAAUAAUCUAUUGUAAUCGCCUCCAGGAUCACAGUCUGUUGUCGCGCGGCUGAGAAAGUGUUGUAAAACAGGAGGCGGUUUGAGUGCGAAGUGAUGCACUCAGGAGGACGGGGUUAUUGGAGCAUAUGCUUUUCCCCUCACAUUUAAGUGGGAUCCUUGAGGGGCCGGGCUCCUUUUAAAUUAGCAUUCACCCUGGGACGUCCGUCACAUUUAGGAAUCAGCAGCUGCGUCUGUGCAGAUGAUUCCUGGAGUCGCGGCUGAUGGUUUCCCUCCUGCGCCGCCGCGCGCCCUGCCUCCGCCUCACUAUCGGUGCAUCUUUCACUUUUAUGGCUGAGCCUCAGCAAAGCAGAGCGCCUCGUUGCUGCCCCCUGCUGACCAUGUGGAGCGCCUGCGUCGUCCUGGCCCUCGCCUCCGCCGCCCUCGGCUCAGCGCAGAGCGAGAGCCACAGGCCGAGGCACGACUCCAACCUGGAGAUCUACAAGCGCCUGUUUGAGACCAAGAGGAAAGAUCAGCUGAACGCGCUGAAGAACCUGGUGGAGCUGAACGACAUCAACCAGCAGUACAAGAUCAUAGACAUCAUGCUCAAAGGCCUCUUCAAGGUGCUGGAGGACUCCAGACAGAUCCUGGUUGCCGCCAACAUGCAGCCUGAUGACCCGUUCCCCAUGGACGAUAAGAUCAAAGAAGCUUAUUCCCACGUGGUGGAGAACACGGCGUUCUUCGGCGACGUGGCCUUGCGGUUCCCACGUAUCGUCCACCACUAUUACGACCGGAAUGCCGACUGGGGAGGUCUGCUGCGCUGGGGCCUGAACUUCUGUAACCAGACGGGGGUUUUCACCGGAGGAGCUCACCAACACGUCCUCACGCUAAUGUCACAGGAGCUGGGAAUCACAGAGAAAUCUCCAGACUUCACGAAUCCCUACCGCACAGAGAGAGAUGAUGUGCUUCACACUGCAGAGGCUUUUCAGAAGAUCCUGAGGGAGGAGGAGAAGAGGCGGAGGAAAGAGGAGAAGAGGAAAGAGAUCAGGAAAGGCCCUCGCAUCUCCCGCUCCCGCACCGAGCUAUAGCGCUGCACCGAGCAGCAGGGACGUGCUACGAGCAGACGCGCUCCGCAGGCGGUGGCCUGACUCCACUCUGACAGCUGCCGUCACGUGUACAAAAGCCAGGUGCUGCAAAGGAGACGCCUCAGUGGGAGGAGGUGGAGGCCUCCCACCAUCAGUGAAAGGCCUAAUGUUGUAAAAGACGCCUCCGGACCAGGUUCACAAGGAAAACUCAUUUUUGAUAACUUGAGGAUUAUAAGACUACUUUGGAAUAUAAAUAAUUUUAGUAUAAUAAAUUUGCUUCAGAACUUUGCUAAACCCUUGUGUAUUGUCUGGUCUAGAUUUGAUGUGUCUAACGCCCAAAUGCUUUAAAUGUGUGUUUGCCAAAUAUAAAUUGAACCUCACCUCAUUUAGUUUGUGGUUAGAUGAGUCAUAUAUAAAUGACUACACAUUUAUUUGAUUUCCAUCCAUAAAGUGAGUUUUUUUUGGUUGCUUAACUUUGCAAACGUUUUUUUCUUUUCACCAUCAUCAGGUUCAGAAGUGUUUCCUCUUCACUCUUCUUUGUUUAUGGUUGCUUAUUCUCUGGAGCUUCCAUUUAUUUAUCCUUUAAAAAAUCCUAAUUUGUAAAACCGUACGAGUCACUGUCAGUGUGUUGCAGCUCUGUUGCCAUUUCUUUAUUAAUUAUUUGUUUGUUUUUUUUUAGUUAUUGCUGGAAAUUUAAUAACUCAAAUUAAUGGAACUGAUGUAAUUUUGAAUAGUGUCACGACUGUUAGCCUUUAAAUCUAUAUGUAUAUUCAGAGAAUUAUCAUUGCUGCAGAAUGAACAAGCCAUUUGUUAUCACGUUUAAUGAAAUAAAGUGACUGACAUGUA